ACAGAAUGGGGGACCGACUCACGCAGCUGCAAGAUGCAGUUGAUCAGUUUGCCCAGCAGCUCGUUGCUUCUGUGCACUUUGUCCAUAUGCGCCACGAUCUCGAGCCGCUAGGUCCCAAGGACAAGAUCCGCGAACCUAAGGAGCAGGUACCAAAAGAAGUGGACGCACUCCCUCCCCAAGAUUUCCGAGCCGGCCUGGUCGAGCUGGCGCGAGACCUGAUUGUUAAAGAGCAGCAAAUCGAGGUGCUCAUCUCCACGCUGCCCGGUCUCGACAACAGCGAACAAGACCAGGAACGACACAUCAAAGACCUCGAGGAAGACUUAAAAACGGCCGAGGCACAGCGGGUGGAAGCUCUGAAAGAGAGAGAUCACAUAUUGAAACAGCUCGACUCCAUCAUACGCACCGUACGGCGGCCGUGAACCCCGAGUUGCAUGCUUUCUUUUGGUUGGUAGCGAGGCGUUAAGGAUACCUAUUAGGUUACGACUGGUUGAUGGUCAGUUUACAAUGGUCCAGGCUUGGGAGUUGUUUAUUGGUAUAACGUUGCGGAUAAAAUGAUACGCGACUAAUUCGCAUGGUAUCUAUG